AUGACGCAGACGGGGGACUCAGUCCAAACGUUUGAGAUCCUGGAGCGACACAAGGAAGAGACUUUCCGGUACGUGAGGGUGGAGAUUCACGAUAACCAUGGGCACGAUGUGGUCACCUGUGUAUACAGCUUCAGGGUGGACACUGCCUGUUCCACCUCCUCACUUGUCUCCUGCCCAGUGGGACACUGCCUGUUCCACCUCCUCAUCACUUGUCUACGUGCCCAAGUGGACACUGCCUGUUCCACCUCCUCACUGUCUCCUGCCCAGUGGACACUGCAAUAA